AGAGUUGCACUAAUACGUCAAGAAAACAGCACUUCACCUUCCUUUUGCACGCAUGACUUCCGUCACGACGCCGACGGCGCCCACCGUAGCACCGUUUCUCCGACAGCUCCAGCGGAUUGCAGACCGCCUAGAGUCUUUCUCAGCAAUUCAGGAAGCCAAGAUCCUGUCUCGCCGCAGCUCCACCAGCUCUGCGACAGAUCCUGCUGAGUCUGCGUCGACUGCCGGAACUCCUCCGCAGGCGCCCUCCAGCGCCAUUCGUAGCCAUCAGCGUCGCCGCGACAGCAGCGACAGCACAGGGGCUAACGAAAACGCAAAUGAAGGGCCGACGCUGCGUCGGAGGCACGGAAGGCUUUAUGUGCGGCCAGAGGAAUACGAUUCCCUCCCGCAAGCGCUUCCAACGGUGAACUUCUAUGGUCUCUUUCCGCGUGCCGUGGGUCCGAUCGCCAACGUCGUAGUCACCUCCCCGGACGAGUAUCAGGCGCUGCUAGAUACCUGCGAGCCGGUGGAAGUGGUGAAGUCCUCACGUGAUCGCGAUGUCCGGAGAAACCGCCUGUGUAAAGUAGAUAUACAUCAAGGUGGCUUCUUUGUGUACCAGCCACAAGGGAGGAAACCACAGUAUUUUAAGCUACGUUGCGCAGAGGAAUCGUCGGAUGUGUACGGCUCUGCCACUUACAUCCACGCGUAG